GACAUGUCCCAAUUUGUUGCCAUGUUAACACGACCUCAGGUACAAGGUGGUGAGAUCUCGAGAAGCAACAUCAAAGCAAAGGAUCAAAGCCAACGCUUUUGCACAAACACAUUGAAGGAGAUGGAGCACCAAGUAUCCUUUGAGUGCUACAAUCCAGAAGUAAAGCAAUACCUUCUUGCUCACAACUAUCCUAGUCUCAUUGAGGCUCUCCUCACUGGGCUGACUGUGAUGAUGCCUCGUGAUCCAUGGGAGUUUGUUCAAAGCAGACUCAAUGAGCUCCAAGAGCAAGGUGGACAAUUGUACAUUGAAUGGGACAUGUUUGUGGAGGAGGGUUUGAGGCCCAAGCUUUGGAGGAGAGGAAUGUUAGACUCUCUUCUUGAUGACACAGAUUUGCCUACUGAAGAGCUCCUGAUAGCAGCAUUCCAGUUCAGAAGAAAGCAUACUCUCGGAGUAUAUUUUAGAGCAUGGAUGAAGUUUAAUCUUGAUGAACAGCAAGAAACAGCUGCCUACAAUACCCGACUGAAAAGAGCAAAGCAGACAUACGUGACAAAAAUCACUGGAAUCAUCUUUAAGACUUGGAAAAACUACACCGAUUCAAAGUCUGCGUCGGUGGAGACUGGGUAUCAGAAGAUUCUCCAAGUGGGGAACAGGCACAUGAAGAAGAUACUGUUUAAUGCCUGGCUGGAGGACUACAAGGAGACACGACAGGCCAAGCGUUGGUUCAAGAGGAACAAAGCUGGCAGAGGGGGUGAUGAGAGUGGGGAUGAAGAUGGAGAGUGGUAUUGGCCAGAACGGGAGGACCUUAUCUCUUUACUACCCAAAGAUGUGUCUAUCAAAAUCUUCAGUCUGGUUGGUAUUCGUAGUCUCUGUCGAUGUGCUCAAGUGUGUAGAUCAUGGAAGGAGAUUAGUGAGGAUAAGGAGUUGUGGAACAAGGUGGAUUUCAGCAUUUUCAAGACAUUUGUUCGUGAUGGUGUGGUGAUGAGGUUGUUCCACAAGUACAGACCUCUGCUGGGGCAUCUCAAUCUACAAGGAUGCCACAGAUUAACACCAGAAAGCUUGAAACACAUAGGUCAGUGCCAAAAUCUGCAAGAUCUCAAUCUCUCUGAAUGUGAAAAACUAAAUGAUGAAGCUAUGCAACACAUUGCCAAAGGGUGCUCUGCAUUGCUCUACCUCAACCUCUCCUACUGCAAUGUCACAGACUCAAUUAUCAGGAUAUUGACAAAAUACUGUGGGAGUCUCCAUUACCUCAGUUUAGCGUACUCCACUCAGUUCACCAGUAAAGGUCUCCAGUCUAUUACAACCGGAAAGGGAUGUCGUAGGCUAGUGUACCUUGACCUCUCUGGCUGUACCCAUCUCUCGGCUGAAGGAAUGCAUUCCAUAGGAAAGGGCUGUCCUAUUCUCAACACACUGAUUCUUGAUGACAUUCCUGACUUCACUGAUGCAAUGAUAAUCAAGCUAGUUGCUCACUGUCACACGCUGAGACAUAUCUCAUUCAUGGGCGGAGGCUCUCUCACUGACAAAGCAUUCAAGUAUCUUGCCAUGGAAAACAAAAAACUGAAAACCAUAAAAAUUGAGAACAACACUAGCUUGACAGAUGUUGCUGUGCGAUCAUUUGCCAAAGGCUGUCGUGACCUCUCCCAUCUCUGUCUGGCUGGUUGCUCCAGAAUCUCUGAUCAGGGGCUUAGAGCUUUGAGCUCACUACGCAAAUUGCAAGUUUUGAACAUUGCUGAUUGUACCAGGGUAUCUGAUGCUGGUAUCAGACAUGUGAUAGAAAACGCUCCCGGGAGCAUCCUCAGGGAGUUUAACAUCACCAAUCUCAUUAAAAUAAGUGAUGUAACACUUCUGAGAAUGUCUCAGAGUUGCAAGGCCCUCACUUACGUGUGUUUCUGCUACUGUGAGCACAUAUCAGAUACAGGAGUUGAGUUGCUAGGACACAUGCCUUGGCUGACCUCACUAGAUGUGUCUGGUUGCAACAUCAGUGAUCAGGGUGUUGCAGGUCUUAGGUUCAAUCCUCAGUUCAAACACUUGGCCCUGGCUGAGCUCAUGGAUGUCACUGAUGAUGGACUACAGAAAAUGUGCUCAACAUUAUCUAGAUUGGAGACACUGGAUUUAAGUGAUUGUGAGAACAUAACUAAUGAAGGUCUUCAAACAGUUGCUUACAAGUGCCGUUCCCUAAAGACAUUGUACAUAGCAAACUGCCCUAAGAUUGAUGAUGAGGGAAUCAGGUUCUUGACUCAAGGAUGUUCCUAUCUAUUGAGGCUUGAUAUGUCUGGAUGCAAUGUAACGGACAGAGCUUUGAGACACCUAAAGAAAGGAUGUACCAACCUGGCAAAACUGGAUGUUCUGAGCUGCGUUAAUGUGACCAGAGAUGCUGUACAGAGGUAUCAGUCGAAAGGAGUGGAAGUAAACUACAACACAGACAGACCCAAGCACCUUCAACAAUCCAUUCAAGAUAUUCAUAAACUACCAGUCGAACCUCUCUUAGACAGAAUAUAGUUUUAUUUUUUAUUUUUUGAUGGAGUAAUUAAUUUUUGUAAUAAUAAUAAUGUCCAGGAUCCCUGUCAAUUAACACCAA